UCCACAUUAAGCCGAGUGUGAGUCCGGCGCUCGUCUCUCCUCCAGCCCCGCUCGCAGAGGCAGGUGUGCGGCUGCAGCGCUCCCUCCGCUCCGGGACGAACCUCCACCGGCCUUGGAUCUCUCUCAGCACCGACUUCAUCCGCAUCACAACGCGACAAGAUGCUGUGGACCGCGGGGAACAUCGUCAGGAAAUUCUCCACCACGUCUUCGUACUGGCAGAACAAACUGAAGCUGGCCAUCAUCGGGCAGAGUCUGUUUGGGCAGGAGGUUUACUCCAACCUCAGGAAACAGGGGCACAAAGUGGUCGGCGUCUUCACGGUCCCCGACAAAGAUGGGAAAGCAGAUCCUCUCGCCGUGGCGGCGGAGAAAGACGGCACCCCGGUGUUUAAGUUCCCGCGGUGGCGAGUGAAGGGGAAGCCCAUCGCCGAGGUGGUCGACGCCUACCGCUCCGUGGGGGCGGAGCUAAACGUGAUGCCGUUCUGCUCCCAGUUCAUCCCCAUGAACGUGAUCGACCAUCCCAAACACGGAUCCAUCAUCUACCACCCGUCCAUCCUGCCCCUGCACCGAGGAGCCUCCGCCAUCAACUGGACCCUGAUCCACGGGGAUAAGAAGGCGGGCUUCAGCGUGUUCUGGGCGGACGACGGUCUGGACACGGGGCCCAUCCUGCUGCAGAGGGAGUGUGAGGUGGAGCCCAACGACACCGUGGACACGAUCUACAACCGCUUCCUGUUUCCCGAGGGCAUCAAGGCCAUGGUGGAGUCGGUGCAGCUCAUCGCAGACGGAAAAGCCCCGAGGAUCCCACAGUCCGAGGAAGGAGCGAGUUACGAAGGAAUCCAGAAGAAAUCCAACGCCCAGGUGGACUGGUCUCUUCCUGCAGAGUCCAUCCACAACUGGAUCCGAGGACACGACAAAGUCCCCGGAGCCUGGACCCUGAUCGAUGGAAAACCUGUGACGCUGUACGGCUCCUCUCUGCUCAGAGGCUCAGUUCCUCCUGGAGAACCUCUGCCCAUCGAAGGAGCAGCUCAGCCCGGAGUCGUGACCAAGACCGGCCUGGUUCUGUUCGGUUCUGACGGGAACGCGCUCCUGGUGAAGAACCUUCAGUUUGAAGAUGGGAAGAUGAUUCCUGCCUCUAAAUACUUCUCGUCUGGAGAGAGCUCCAGUGUGGAGCUGACGGACGAAGAGAAGAAGAUGGCCGAACAGAUCAGAGUCAUCUGGAAGGGCAUCCUGAGUAAUGUGGCUGCUAUUGAAGACACCACGGACUUCUUCAAAUCUGGAGCAGCCUCGAUGGACGUGGUCAGGCUGGUGGAGGAGGUGAAGCAGAUCUGCUCCUCGGUCGUGCUGCAGAAUGAAGACGUCUACAUGGCCUCCACCUUCCAGGACUUCACCCAGAUGUUUGUGAGGAAACUGAGAGGAGAAGACCAGGAGGAGGAGCUCGUCGUGGACUACGUCACCAAAAACGUGAACAACAUGGAGGUGAAGAUGCCCCACCAGUGCUUCAUCGACGGCAGGUUUGAGGAGGCGGAAAAUGGAAAAACGUACAAUACAGUGAACCCCACAGACGGCUCGGUGAUCUGUAAAGUGUCGUACUGUUCGGUGGGAGACGUGGACAGGGCCGUGGCCGCUGCAAAAGAAGCGUACGAGGAGGGGCCCUGGGGCCGCAUGAACCGAGACAGGGGCGCCCUGCUCUACAGACUGGCCGACCUGAUGGAGCAGCACCAGGAGGAGUUGGCGACCAUCGAGGCUCUGGACUCUGGGGCUGUGUACACUCUGGCGCUGAAGACUCACGUGGGCAUGUCCAUCCAGACGUUCAGAUACUUCGCCGGAUGGUGCGACAAGAUCCAGGGCAAGACGAUCCCCAUCAACCAGGCCAGACCCAACCGCAACCUGACCUUCACCAAGAAAGAGCCUCUGGGCGUGUGCGCCAUCGUGAUCCCGUGGAACUAUCCUCUCAUGAUGCUGGCGUGGAAGAGCGCCGCCUGCCUCGCCGCCGGGAACACGCUGGUGCUCAAACCCGCUCAGGUGACUCCUCUGACGGCGCUGAAGUUCGCCGAGCUCUCCGCCAAAGCUGGAAUCCCCAAAGGAGUCAUCAACAUCCUGCCUGGAUCCGGCGGGAUGGUGGGGCAGAGAUUGUCCGACCACCCAGACAUCCGUAAACUGGGCUUCACCGGCUCCACGCCCAUCGGCAAACAGAUCAUGAAGAGCUGCGCUCUGAGUAACUUGAAGAAGGUUUCUCUGGAGUUGGGGGGGAAGUCUCCUCUGAUCAUCUUCAGUGACUGUGACAUGGACAAAGCCGUGAGGAUGGGCAUGAGCUCGGUGUAUUUUAACAAAGGAGAAAACUGCAUCGCCGCUGGACGUCUGUUUGUGGAGGAAUCCAUCCACGACGAGUACAUCAGCCGAGUGGUGGAGGAGAUAAAGAAGAUGAAGAUCGGGGAUCCUCUGGACCGAUCCACAGACCACGGCCCCCAGAACCACAAAGCUCACCUGGACAAACUACUCGAGUACUGCGACAUCGGCGUGAAGGAGGGCGCCACGCUCGUGUACGGCGGGAGACAGGUGGACAGACCAGGUUUCUUCAUGGAGCCCACCGUGUUCACAGACGUGGAGGAUCACAUGUUCAUCGCCAAAGAGGAAUCUUUUGGUCCUGUGAUGGUCGUGUCCAAGUUUAAGGACGGAGACGUGGACGACGUUCUGCGCAGAGCCAACGACACGGAGUACGGUUUGGCGUCUGGAGUUUUCACGCGCGACAUAAACAAAGCGAUGUACGUGAGCGAGCGUCUGGAGGCCGGGACCGUCUUCGUCAACACGUACAACAAAACAGACGUGGCGUCGCCUUUCGGAGGAUUCAAACAGUCCGGAUUCGGGAAAGACCUGGGAGAGGACGCUCUUUCUGAAUACCUCAAGACCAAAGCCGUCACAGUGGAGUAUUAAACCGGGAGCCGUUAUAAACUCUCACACAGACUUAACACGGCGGCCGCUUGUGCGUCGCCACGGGAACGGACGUGUUUUUUUGUUUUGUUUUUUUUUUGGAACGAGGAGACGCCCGCUGUGCCAAACCCCCCGGACCACGCCCGCCUCUCUGCACCCGCCUCUCUGCACCCGCCUCUCCGGACUCAAGACCGCAGCAAAACAAACAAACAAACAAACAAACAAACACAAUCCGCCAUUUUGUGUCUCGUCACAGCAAAUCGUAUCACGGGUUUCAGCUUCCUGUUCACGCGGCGCCAUUUUGAGGACGGUUGACCCUUCAAAAGACACAGUAUACAUUUUUUAAAGACCCUGUACCUGAUUUUUCCCUUCUUGAAGCCAAAACAAGUCGAAUUAUGAAGCCUUUUACUGCCCGAGAGCUAGGAAGUGCCCGUUAGCAUUGCUAGUCGUUGUUGGCGUCACCGUCAAAACUCCACGUCCAGUUGUGAAAAGCGCUUAGAAACUAAUAAAUAAUUAGGAAGAACUUUGGACCACUCGCAUUUUUAAGACGGUAAAAAUCAGGUACAGCGUCUUUAAUCGCCACGACAACGGCCCUAAUUUUGCAUCGUUCCGAAAUCCAAGGAUAAAAACAAAAAAACUUUAUUAAGAAAAUUAAUCUUGUUUUGAAUCUUGAGAUGUUUAUUUCAUUUAUUAUUUAUUGUCCUAAUGAAGUCUUAAACGUAGUAGUCUUAAAGUUUCCUCGUCACAAACACACCUGGAGUUGUUUUGUUUCAUUCACACAUGUUUAACUCACAAACCUGCACAUUUAUGCUGAGAAAACACUGUUCCACCUUGUGAUGUCAUGCGGUAAUACAGGAAGAAGUGCUCCACUGUGUUUCUAAACUCCACACAGAGUCCUGCCCGUUAAUCUGUGAUUAUAUCAAAGUUAAACCCGGACCCGCCCAGACCCGUUAACAUUCCACCCGUUACUUGCCCGAGAUAAACCACACACAAACUAAAAACAUUCUAACGGAAACGUCCAUCAGAAUACGAAUUGAAAAGCUACGACUUCAAGAAUUACAAUCACGAAACAAGCACAAUCAGAGAAAACAACCUGGUCCCCGUGAGGCGUCGGUGGGUCAGGUUAUGAGGAGUCCAGCCCAUAUGACAUGAUCGUUCUAUCCACAGUGUAAUGUGUGUAUGUGUACAGGCCCAUGAACAUUAGUGUGAUGUUGGUCACACAUGAUAACGUCUGUGUUUAGUUUCAUGAGUUUGUGUGUGUGUGUGUUAGUUGUGUGGCUGUACAUCAGUGUGUCGUGUAUCACCAGAAAAACAAGAAAUGGAAAUUAUUUUUGUUCCAAUUCGAAUUUUAACGGCUACACUGAAAGAGAAAGGAACUGUUAGAAUUAGUGAUUAUCUCCAAAACUAUUCAUAUUUGACGAUACAAAUGCAUAGAAUUAUAAAUAGAUGAUCAUUUUUCUGAGAUUUUAAGGCUGCGUUCAGACUGCAGCCUGAAGUGACCCAAAUCCGAUUUUUUUGUCUCUAUGUUCCUGUAUCUGAUCUUUUAAUGUCAGUCUGAACCACACAGAUCCGAUUUUUUCAAAUGUGACCAGGACACUUGGAUCUGUGCUCCUGAAACUGAUACAUAUCUGAUCUUUUGACAUGUGACUUCAGUCUGAACGGCCAAAGUGCAUUCAUCCACCUACACGUUAUCAACAAGACACAAACGUCACUAUUCUGCGCUGAAGCAGGCGGAAACCGGAACUUUAAAAUCUCCAGGUGCUCAAUGCUCGCGACCAUAUUUGGACAACUUCCGUAAACACAGAGACGCUCGCUGCGGUUGACGUCGUCGUGUCUCCAGUGUCACAUGUGGGACACUUUCAGGCCGUUUAAUGUUCACACUGGAGUCACAGACAAGUCGCAUUUAAUUGGAAAUGUGAACGACCUCGCAAAAACAUCGGAUUUCACAAAAAAAUCGGAAUUGAGCGUUAAGCCCUGCAGUCUGAACGUGGACUAAGACUCUCCCGUUGCUCGAGCUCGAUCCUUCACAGAGUUAUGACCAAAAACACAUAUUUGACCUUGGUGACCUUGACCGGUUUCAACCUGUAACAUCCAGUGUGCCCCGGUUAUGUGUGCGCCAACUUGUGUGACGACUGGGUGAAUAUUUUAGGCCGCAGAUGGUUCAGAAAUUGACGAAAUUGUCUUUUAUCCUUUCAAUUGACCCGUGUGACCUCAAAUGACCUCGAAUC